GCCCGGCGGGCGGCGGGGCGGCCCCGCUCCCCGUGAAGAGGCGGUGCGGCAGGGCAGCGGCCGCCGCCAUGCAGCCCUUGCACCGGGCCCCGGCGUUGCUGCUGCUUCUGGCCGCCGGGACCUUGUGCCUCUGCCUUGCCUCCUCGGAGGACCCAACUGCUGAUGGCCUCACAUCAACUUCCCUGCUGGAAUUUGCUAUGAUGUCCCACCUGGAGGCCAUGAAUUCCCACAAGCAAACCAGACCAGAGGCUGCAGAGCCAGAUCUUGCCCCUGGCUCCCUGCAUGCUGCUCCAGGGUCAGGCUUUGCCAGUGAGGAGAAUGAGGAGUCCAAGAUCUUGCAGCCCCCACAGUACUUCUGGGAAGAUGGGGGAGAGCUCAAUGACUCCAGCCUGGACUUGGGACCAGCAACAGAUUAUACCUUUCCUGCUUCAUCUCAGAAGGCAUUGCUAAAACGAAAUGGGACACAAGUAGACAACUGGGAAAUGGCCACUGUCCAGCCACCAGCAGAAUUUGUGGAGCCUGACUUACACACUCCUUUCUCCACACUAGAGGAAGAGGAGGGGCUGCUCCCUAUAGACCACUCAAGAGGAGGAAUGGAGAGCCUCCAGACCUCUGGACCAGAGAUUACAUCUUCUGAACCAUUGGACCAAGAGGACUCUUUCUCCCUUCUGUUUUCCACAGCCUCUGCCAGGCCAGGUGUUGUGACUGAGGCAGCCAUAGGAGGACAAGAAGAGGACUCUGUUUCUCCAGGCUUAGACCUUGGGAGCAGCAUGGGACCAGGUCUAAGCCUACCUGUGCCCUCUACUUUUUCUACUACAGUUGCUGCAAGAUCUCCCAUUGAUUCAGAAGAACUCUUUGAGGUGACAACUGGAGACACUUGGGCUGUUGGGGGAGCAGAUUCAGAGCUGACUGUGGCUACAACAGGAGCAGAGCCUGCAGAGACCACAGUAGAGGCUGGUGGGGAAGACCAUUCAGCCAGGGAGGAGGUGUCAGAGCCCACAGUGGGAUGGGAGAUGCUGGAGCCCACGAGACUGACCGAAAUGGAGCAGACAGUGGAAAUGCCUGUGGGGACAACCUCUCCUGCAAGCAGCUCCCCAGGCACUCAGACUCUUCCUGGUAGUGAGCAGCAGCCAUCUUCUGUGUCUCUGUGGGACAGAGCUGAUGAGCCUGAGCUGGAUCCCCUUUGGAAUGACACCGAGUCAGCCACUGAGACUGCAGCAGCAGAGAGGAGCUCGUCACCCCAGGCUGGGGACGCCCGCAUGGCCAUGCUGCCCACGGAGCUGCCCUGGGACUCUGCACAGGUGAUCUGUAAAGAUUGGAGCAACCUUGCAGGAAAGAACUAUAUCAUCCUGAAUAUGUCGGAUAACAUUGACUGUGAGGAAUUUCGGUUGGAGAGGGGUCCCCAGCUGUUGGCACUGGUGGAGGAUGCCUUCUCCAGGCAGGCAGAGGGGCUGCAGGACCGCUGGCUCAUCUCUCUGAGCAAACCCAAUGAGAAUGACAAGCACUUGCUAAUGACACUGGCAGGGGAACAGGGUGUUAUCCCUACAAAAGAUGUUCUCAUGGCACUGGGGGAUGUUAAGAGGAGCUUAGCUGAGAUUGGUAUCCAGAACUACUCGACCACCACAAGCUGUCAGUCACACCCUAACCAGACACGCAGUGAUUAUGGGAAGCUCUUUGUGGUGUUGGUGAUCAUCGGCUCCAUCUGUGCCAUCAUCAUUGUCUUGGGGCUCAUCUACAACUGCUGGCAGAGACGCCUGCCCAAGAUGAAGAACAUGUCGCACGGCGAGGAGCUGCGCUUUGUUGAGAAUGGCUGCCAUGACAACCCCACUCUGGACGUGGCCAGUGACAGCCAGUCGGAAAUGCAGGAGAAGAAACCGAGCGUGAACGGGGGGAACACCAUCAAUGGCCCUGACAGCUGGGAUGUCCUGAUCAAUAAGCAGGCCAGCGAGGAUGUGGAUGUGUUUGAGGAAGACACGCAUCUUUAGAAAAAGAAAGGAGGGAACCACCCUCUUAAACACACUUGUUUUUCUCCUAUCUUGACUGAUGAACCAUGGGAUCAGGUGGCUUCUCAGGAACUUCUUAAAACCUUUGAACAAGUCUUUGGGCAAGUUUUCCCUAUGGAAGUCCUGAGCCUGCAUCUGAGGCUUGAAGCCAAGAGGAUCACGGAACAGAGGGAAGCGGGAGGGGUGGGUUUAUAGAUCUCUGUGUGUGUGUUCCUAUCAGUAGCACCGAUGCUUUCAUCACCUUUAAAUGCACUUACUGUAGCUCUGUGGUAGUGCCUGAGACUGUCUGGAUUGGAGAAACAAACUGGUGGGGCUGCCUGCCACCCAGAGUCCAGAUUUGGGGAGUAAAUUUACUUUCCAAAUACUGACCUUAAGACCACAUUCAGUCCAUGCAGGUGCAGCAAAACCUGUGCAUUCUGGAUGGAGGGGAGCCAAGAUUCUGUCAAUGUUCUGGGCAGACUUUGCAAUCCCCAUGUGAAAAACAGGUUUUUUAGUGCUCUAGCAUUCAGCUACUAAUUGUAUGAGAGCUGAUGUUUACAUUUGGGGAAAAACACCCCUCCCACCACUCCCUGCUGUCAUCUCUUUUCACCCCUGCACCACAAACAGCCCCACUCCUUUUUUCAGCUCCACAACUCCAAGCUGAGCUUGCAAAGUUUGAGCACUUUACCCUUGCUUGACUGAUUGCAGAGAAUUCAGUGCCAUGGUGCAGCAUUUUAGAUGGAAAUGUGCUUUUGGUUGGAGCGUUGCUCAAAAAUGGUGUUUACAUGCCUCUUUCACAAUAGCCUGGGAAAUCAGCAGGAAAAUAUCCCUUGUCUUGUGUAAGUUUUAAACUGGCUGGCCUUUUCCACUCCAGUUCUAUUUUUCAGGUUAGUUUGGUUUCAGUUGGUCAUUUUGCAGUAAAUAUAAAGACUAUGUGAAACUUUUAAAAUAGGGAAACAGUAAUGUCCUCAUCCUUUUGUUUCAAUUUCAGCAUCUUGCCCUGAGGGAAGGGUGGAAGUGUUUAAUAUUCCACAGGUAUAAAUCGGGGUAACAUCUUUAAAAUCACUGCAUUUAAACAAUGUAAGAGCCAGUUCUGAUGAGAUGAGAAUCGGAUGUAAGAGCUCCCCAAUGAAUGUUUCUCAGGCAUGCCUCAGGCAACUUUGAGGCUCCAGCUCCCUGAAGAUGUGUGCUAAAGGCACGUGAAUAUGUGUAAUUGUUCUCUGAGCCCUGCCUAAACUACUGUCAAGCCUGAAAUCCCAGAACAUUUGUUUCUUCUGUCAUUGAGGGACUGAGGGACUUGCUUCGGUCAGAGGCACCAGUACUUCUCUCCCUAGUGGUGGUGAUCUGCAUGCUUGCUUCCUGCAAGAUGCAGCUUCACACUUGGUCUUGAAGGGAACCUUUGUACACAGAGGCCCCAGAUGUGCAGCCUGUAAAUCUAUCACUGUAUGUAUAGAGACCUCUAGCAUGUUCCUCCCUGGUGGGUGUGCCUGAAGUCAAGGUGCCAGUCUGUUGUUGCAGUUUGUGUAGCGCUUUGCAUGCAAACUGAAUCACAGAUCACCUCGAUGGAGGACCACUCUGAUACCAGUUUAUUAAGGAUUCAAGAAAGGUGGUAACCUUUGGUUUCCUAUCCAGAUUCCAAUUUUCAGUGGUUUUAGCCUGCCUCCAUAUCUUUCCUGGUGUUAUGUAGGACACAGUGAUCAUCAGCUCCUUUUGUACCUUGGUAGGGUUGCAGAGAUGCUCAGAGUUCCUUCUCCUGCCCCAGCAGUUGGUAGUGGGGGACAGUCCAUGGAUGCAGACAGCCAUAAAUGGCCCUCUCUGACCACCCCUCUGUGGGUGGCUCCUGCUGAGUUUGAUGGGUUUGUGCAGUAAAACUGCACAAGUCCAUUGGCUGCGUUGAAGGCACUUUGGGGCUCAAAGGAUUAAAUGCAAAUUGUUGUUAUGGUGAGUAAAUUAAAGCAUGGAGUUAAAAUUUGAGGUUUUAUAGCACUUAGCAUAACAGGGCCUGGCAUGCCCGUGGCCUUUAGGCAACUCCACCGUGUAAAUCUUUCCAAGUCCAAUAAUCCUCAUCAAAUAUGUUUUGAAUGCCCAGUGGCUGUUAAAAAGAUAAUGCCACCAAUCAGAUGCGAAUCAUUUCACCCACAGAUGGCUUCCUUGGUGCAUAUCCCUGCUAAGAGCUACUUUGCUGCCCUGUUUUCUCUCCACUAUUCUAAUUCAGAGAAACAACAAGGCACUGAUAAAGCAAUGCUUCUGGCUGGGCUCAGCACCUCCCAAUCUUGUGUAAAGUCUUCAAACUUUAAAGAAACCAAGGGGGCUAUGUGGGUUCAAUAAUCAGCUAGCAAGUUCUCCUAAUUUGCUCUUCUGGCCUCUCGUGGCCUGGAGGAUUUUCCAGAGAUGCUCUUCUCUGUCUGGAGUAUCCAGGUAAUCUGAGAGACACUAUAAAGGUGGCUGUUGUGAGGCUGAGGACACUUUUCUGCUGUCUCUUACAGGGUGCACCUGGCUGUAUGAUCCCAGUUUAGCUUCAGAAAUCUACUGGUUGAUAGAAUUUCACUUUAGUCUGGUGAUACUUUUUAUCCUUUUACAGUUUGUUUUUUCUCUGUAUCAUUUUUUGCACUAGGCUGAUCUUGUCAAGUCGAUUGCACUGUUGUCCCUCUCCUGCCAGCCCUGCAGAGAUGGGUCAUCUCCGGGGACCUGCAGGCUGGGAAGCACUGUAGAGAGGCUGUUGGUAGCCCACUUAACUCUGUCCAGUGCUUGUAUUUCCAGCUCUGCACAGGGACGAUGUAAAGAGGAAGAAAACCUUUGUCUUAGCAUUUGUAACAGGAAGCUUUUCUAUCACCCUAAUGUAGUUAAACUUCUUUUUAAUAAAAACUGUGAAAGCUGGACUUCUCAGAGCAGUGUGCCAGGUGACAGAGCAGAUGGAGGACACAAGGCAAUUCCUGGAAAACUUACUCGGACAUCGCCAUAAUUCCAUCUGCCAAAUGUUUGGUCGCACUGACACCUGGUGGUGGUUGGGAGUUGGAAACGAAAAAUUAAAAAAAAAAAAAAAAAAAAAAAAGAGAGAACUUUUCUCUUAGCUUUGGGUAUUUGUUUCCUGUGACUUGCCUAGGAUAACCUGCUUUAUUCACAAGGGGCUGUAGGACUCGACUGUGAGCAGAGGGGCUUGUACCAGGCAUGUCAAGGAUGGUUUAUGUGAGGACAACCUUGUCUGCAAAGUAGUGAGAUGGGACAUUCCCUGGAGUCACCAGUAUAGAGGCCCUGGGUAGCAACACAGGGUCUCAGCUCCAUCUUCCUGCUUUGUGUGCCACUUGCUCCAUCUGCUCCUUGGGACCACAGCUAGAAUGCAGGGACUCUGCCUUGAAAUGGAGGUGGUUCUUCAGCAAGAGCAUCAGGUGCUGUUGAGAGGAGUGCAGUGCCUCGGGGAGCACCGGCGAUAGCAUCGUCUGGAUGCACGGCCAAGAGCAGAGUGGCUCUCCAUCUCUGGGGAUCAUGGCCAGGUGGGAGCUGGGAUGGCCAAGCUGCAGAUUAUUCCAAGGUGUCACCCAGAGGUCUGGAGCUGUGCCUGUAACCUGCAGUCUAACAUGUCCUGGGACUCUGCAUCCUGCACAGCGCCUUGGGGUGUGUAGGGUGGAAAGAAACAACGAGGAGUGAUCCAGUAAUUGUGCUGUGAAGGAUGUAAUGCAGCUUGAGGAUACAGUUCAAGAGACACUUUAAGGAUCCCUCUGGCAGAGGAUAUGGUGUGAAAUGAAGGAACAUUAUCCUAAGGACUAUUGCAGCAUGACCUUCGAGCAUUGCAGCAGGGUCCCAUUGCAGCCACUGCCAUCAGCAACUUCUCUGUUCCCAUCUGCCUUUGCAGCCAUGCAGGAGCACAUCUAUCCUUCUCAGCAGGUUUGGGACAGCUCCAACAGUCAGACACAACAAGCACCUUCAUCUGUGGUGGCUCAUGGGAGCCUCAUGUGCUCAUCUAAGCUGACAGCCAGGCUUUGAGCCGUUCUCAACACCUUCAUUCCUGCUGAACACAAACUGGAAGCCCUGUCUGCUGCUCGGGAUUGCUGCUGGAGAACACUUAGAAACACUUGUGUCUGGCCCUGGAAAUAGCAGGGUUGUGGUUUUGUUUUCUUUGCAAUAAAACACACCUCCUGGGUGUCUGAACACUG